AUUUGACCAAUCACACGAGGAGCAGUCCAGCAGGAUUCAGGGGAGAUGGGGAGGACUUCUGCCAUUAGCGUGUACUGGUGGCUGUGUUAGCUCUGUCAUUAAGUUAACCUAGUUGACUAGGCUUAUUCUAACCUGCAGCACGAAUACAAACAGUAAAGAGCUGAAAUUUUCUCAACGAUACAGAGGUAUAAGGCAGCAAGUGGACUAACAUUUCGCUCGGGAGAAUAUCGACCGAGAUGUGUAACGACCUGGACUUGAUAUCAGGAAUCUACCUGGCUGCUAGUCUGUUGACUGACAGCUGGCACCUGGCUGCUUAGCUAGCUGACUAGCUAGCUAGGUGAGCUGACUGGGUUUUUCGGGCUCAUAGUCCGGCUCAUUGUGUAGCUAGUACUGAUUUUGGUAUAGAGUGGAAAGCGGCUUCUCUGCAUUAUUUGACUCCGCCUGCUGUUCAAACCAUGAGUUAGCUGAACAGCAUCAGGCAGCAGUGUUCGGGAUAUUUUAAGGUCCAGCUAGUUUCUCUAGCUUUUAGCUUGAAGCCAGCUAGCAGCAUUCAUUCAGCUGUUGAAGCGUUAACGCCAGCACCUCAGCGACUGACUCUGUCCAACUACUGUCGUUGUCGCGACAUUUAUACAUUUUUGGACUCGGUCCUGCUUUGGGCAGUGUCAAGGGAAAAUGAAGAAAUUUUUUGAUUCCCGUCGGGAGUUUGGGGGCUCCGGGCCUGGUCCUGGAGCCGGUGGAGGAGGCGCUGGUUCCGGCGGCGGUGGGAGCUUCAUCGGACGAGUCUUCAGCAUUGGAAGAUAUCAAGUAACCGUGGAGGAAACAAUCGCUGAAGGAGGUUUUGCCAUAGUCUUUUUGGUGAGGACUCAUCAAGGUGCACGAUGUGCACUAAAAAGAAUGUAUGUCAACAACGAACACGAUUUGAAGAUCUGCAAACUUGAAAUACAAAUUAUGAGGGACCUGGUGGGUAACAAAAACAUAGUCUGCUUCCUGGACUCCAGCAUAACUGCAGUCGGAGCUGGUGAUGUGUGGGAAGUCCUGAUCUUAAUGGACUUCUGUCGAGGUGGCCAGGUGGUGAACCUAAUGAACCAGCGGCUACAGACGGGCUUCACUGAAGCUGAGGUGUUACAGAUCUUUUGUGACACGUGCGAGGCAGUCGCUCGUCUACAUCAGUGCAAGACUCCAAUCAUCCAUCGAGAUCUCAAGGUGGAAAAUAUUCUUCUUCAUGACCGGGGACACUAUGUGCUCUGUGACUUUGGAAGUGCCACCAACCACUUCCAAAAUCCACAGACAGAAGGGGUGGCAGUUUUAGAGGAUGAAAUCAAAAAGUAUACUACGCUGUCAUACCGUGCUCCAGAGAUGGUCAACCUCUAUGGGGGAAAUGUCAUCACAACAAAAGCAGACAUUUGGGCCUUGGGUUGUCUUCUCUAUAAGCUGUGCUACUUCACCCUUCCAUUCGGCGAGAGCCAAGUGGCUAUCUGUGAUGGCAGUUUCACCAUCCCAGACAACUCCCGCUACUCACAUGAAAUGCACUGUCUUAUUAGAUACAUGCUGGAACCUGAUCCUGAAAAGAGGCCAGACAUUUACCAAGUAUCCUACUUUGCCUUUAAACUGGCUCGACGAGAGUGUCCCGUCCCAAAUCUACAUAAUUCUCCUAUUCCUGCAAAACUUCCUGAGCCUAUCAAAGCGAGUGAAGCAGUGGCCAAAAAGAGUCAAAACAAAGCCAGGCUCACAGACCCAGUUCCUACAAUGGAAACCUCAAUUGCCCCUCGACAGCGGCCCAAAGCUGGCCAGGCUCAGCCCCAGCCCAUAUCAGGCAUUCUUCCCAUCCAGCCAGCACUCACCCCACGCAAGAGGCCUGGUGUGGCUACUGGGGCACCCCAGGCUAUAGGUGUCGGUAUCAGUGUCCCUCCUCCAGCUUCAGCUGCUGUCCAACCUGCUCAACAGGCUCCGUCUGCUAACAUGCAGCCGCAGGCUACAUCUCAGCAUCAGCAGCUGCUUAUGAAGCAGCAGCAGCAGCAAGGCUCUGCCUUCUUAAGCCCACAGAGCACUCAGCAGCAUCACCUGGUACAGAACCUCUACCACCACCAACUUCAGCAACAACAAACAUCAUCACAAGCAUCCAGUCUGCUGCAAUAUAAACCUGUUCCUCAAGUUGUUACCCUGCAGCAUCAACACCAACAGCAGCAGCAUUUAGUCCUUGAAACUGCAGCUGCCCAUCUCACACCCAUCCCCGAGUCCGCAGUUGUUGGUCCUGCAGCUCGUGGUCCAGAGUUUGUGACGACUGGCAGAGGGAUCCACAAAGUUGGCUCCCUGACACCCCCCUCCUCGCCAAAGACGGCCACCAAGAGUGGCCACAGACGUAUCCUUAGUGAUGUCACCCACAGUGCCGUGUUUGGGGUCCCCGUUAGCAAGUCGACCCAGCUACUUCAGGCAGCCGCAGCUGAAGCCAGCCUCAACAAGUCCAAAUCAGCAAGCACUACUCCUUCUGGGUCCCCCUGCUCGUCCCAACAGAGUGUAUACCAUCCAGGUGACGGGGACGCCUCCUCAGCACUCACUGUCCCCCACACUCAGCCCGCCUGGAAUCCUUUUGGCGACGAUAACUUCUCUAAGCUAACAGCAGAGGAGCUUCUUAACAAAGACUUUGCAAAGCUAGCUGAGACUGCUGCAGCUGGAGAGAAAGCUGCGGGAUCCAAUGAAAAUCUCAUUCCCAGCCUCAAUGCCUUUCCAGAGAAGCUGAUUGAGGGACAGAAGUCCCCUGAUACUUCUCUUCUGCUCCCUGACCUCUUAACCCUGACUGACUCCUUCAAUACUGCUGCAGAGAGCACCACAAAUGUAAAGGCAGAGGUGUGUGUGGACUCACUGAUUCCUGGUUUGGAGGCUCCCCAGCCCCAGAGACAUUUGGGCCAGCCAGAGCUCAUUCCUGCCAGUGUGCCAGAUUCUCUCACUGGGGAGGAUUCUCUGCUGGGUUGUGAUCUGUUAUCUCAUACCUGUCAUGGAAACCCAUCUGUUUCUGUUCUCCCUUCUUCUUGCUCCUCUGCUCCUCCUGGCGCUGGAUCCUGCCUGGAGGAGCUGCCAGCUGGUCAGACUGCUUCUGACUCUGCUUUCCUCAUGUCGUGUGGGGAGAAGGGCAAUGACGACGAGUUUGAUCCUAUUCCAGUGCUCAUCUCCAAAAACUCAAAUCAAGAUCUCCAAGGGGAGAGUAAUGGCUACUCUGUGCUUGAGGAGGGACAAGAGACUGAAGCUGUAGGAGCAGAUUCUCCACAGAAUGAGGGCUGUGUGCACUCCAGCGAUGAAGACGAAGAAAAAGAAGCACACAAGGACGAGCAAGAGGACGGUGAAGGCAUUGAGAGUCACAUAGCCCCCCAUGACUGCAGCGGUUCUAGACCUCUGCUGCAGGACUCUGAGGAUGAAGAAGACCAAGGGCCUCAGUUAGCUCUCCAUCCAUCUCUGCACUCCGGCACAGCAGCAGCACAAUCAGCUACAACCUUCGAUCAACCUGCUCCAAAUACCUUUGCCCAGAAUCACUUCCAGCAUGUACACGAGGCAGCAAAGGAGAUGGAGGGCGCUGCAGAUAUCUUCUCCAAAGCCCCCUUUCUGAUUGCGCAAGAAGACACAAGUGACGUAUUCGCCAACGCUCCAUUUCCACGCGGUCCCCUUGCGGCUCAGCAGCAGCAGCAGCUCGACGUUUUCUCUCAGGCUCCAUUCGGAAAAAGAAAGGAGCCCAAAGGAGCACAGGAGAAGACCUCGUACCCCCACGCAGCUGGAGCUCACGCUGUAACCUCUGAUCAAGGAGUCUUAGAACAGGUUGCCCAGCAACCUUUCCGUCCUCAAGCUCUGGCCAAAUACUCCCGACACUUUGAAGGACCUGUGCCCCAGCAGCCAGCAGCAGCUCACAGAGCGGCGUCUAACGCGAGCAAGCAGGCUGCUGUAGCAUCUGUCCCCGCUGGACCUCUGCACUCGUGGACCUCAGACGUGAGCGCUGUAGACCCAUUUGUCUCUGCACCCUUUCACCUCAAGGCACCGCAAGAAAAGCCCUGAACGCACACUCACAGGUCAGGGCAGUGGGAAUCCGCGCCUACCGAAAUAUGCAAAGUGUAACAGGCGUAACGCAUGCUGUCACCAGCGCUGCAGCGGGACUGCAGGCCUGCAUGGAUCUCAUUCUUAACCAACUCAAAUAGUGCAAGGUCAUCUUUACUUUGAGUAAACUGACAUCAGUCCCACAUUCACACUGUUUUGUUUCCCUCUGCCUUUCACGUUUUCCUUCUUGUUCUUAUUUACACAAUGACUACAUUAUGGUCAAGCAUUUGAUUGUUUUCUCGCCUACCUCAGUUUUUGUUUUUGUUUUUUUUCUUUUGAUGUGCGUCGGCGCUGAAAUAUCACACACAGUGAGGGAGGUCAUAGACUGUCUGCAGCCGUGGCGGUUAAAUUUCCUGGACAGUUUGAACUUCAUUGAUCUGAAAAUGCCUCAUUCCUUUAUUUUAGUAGUCAGCUUGAAUGACGUGACCGUAACUUCGUAGAAGCUUGAAAGACGGGAAGACGCAGCCUAGGAAUAUUUCAUUAAACUAGAAAUGUGCAAAUGCCUUACAGUUAAACAUUUACAGUUACUUUUUGUCUUUUAUGCUUCGAAGUUCAUAAAGAAGAUGCUGGAUGUUGAUGCAAAGUGUAAAUUAAACGUGUGCGUUACGUUUGCGGUCACAAUCAUGUCAUACAAAAACAGUUUGUUCCACAUCAUGUACGAACUAUAAGUAAAUGUUAGUCAUAUAACAUUUAUUAUGGUAAUUCUUAUGUUGUAUAAAUGAAGACUAUUCCCGUUGUUUGUCCUCACUGUACAAUAUGACAUCUCCAAAGCCUUAACACCCUUGCUGCACCUCAGAACCACAUCAGAACAUCAGCAGCAUUCAUCACGUUUGCCUUCGUGCCCUCCUUAAAUGAAAAUAAAGACACUGCUGCAUUCACAUAUCUUACUGUACUCGUGUUCAGCACCAAAUACCUGUGUACAAUCAUGUACAACUUCCUCUUGCUGUCUGCUGUACACGCACGCACAAGAUUGUCAUCGAGCACAGGAAUGCGUCUUUGUUGUCGACUUCUGUAUCCUAACUGUGACACAUUUAUGAACAACUGAAGUGAAAACUUUUGACUGCAGCUUCAAAUUAAAUAAAUAAAUAUUACAACUAUCUACGGCACUCAUGCUUCGCAGUUCCAGUCAGGGUAAAUGUAGUGUUGUCCAAGUGAAAUCUUAUAUGGUGUCUGAUUGAUGACAUUCCUGUUGGAUUUGUUUCCGUUGCCAUUCAGACGUAUUUAAUUGUCUUUGUUCUUUAUAGAAUCAUAGAAGACCUAUUUGGUUCCCAAAAGGGAUCCAGCCUUUCUCAACCCAAAGCUUAAAUUAUGUUUUUCUCCUUUGCAAUGUAAAAUCUUUUAUUUUGAAGUGUUCGGUAUUUUGAUAUAAAUGUUUACUUUUCUCACCCCAGUUGUAAACAAGACAAUUGCACAUAAUCACUGACAGAGUGUCACGGUUCUUGAAGAAUGUGUUUUGUUUGUAACACAGCUGUAAGUUUGUUUUUGUUUAUUUUGUUUGUUUGAGGAGGGGGGGGG